GUGUCAUUCUUUGAUGGAUUCCUGAUUCCUGUUAGUGUUUACUGAGACAGUGAGAGUGUUGUAGUAAGAAUUGUUUAUGGACAAUCUGCACUGAAGAUGCCAGGACUUACAAGGACCAUGGACAGGCUGCGUAAAAGUCUGCGAGACAGCCUGCGUAAGAAGAAGGAGCCGACACCAGAGUGCAACAAGCCACAUCAGUGGACACUAGAUGAGGCGGCCGUCCGAUCUGGUACCUGCAGCUUCCUCGUGAGGUACAUGGGAUGUGUGGAAGUAUUCGAGUCAAGAGGAAUGACAAUAUGUGAGGAUGCAUUCAAAGUGUUAAAGAAUUCUCGCCGAAAAGCGACAAAAUCAAUUCUCUACGUGAGCGGAGAUGGGCUGAGAGUUGUAGAUGAAGAAAAUAAGGGGUUAAUAGUGGAUCAAACGAUAGAGAAGGUGUCUUUCUGUGCUCCUGAUAGGAAUUUUGAAAAGGGGUUUAGCUAUAUCUGUCGUGAUGGGACCACACGACGAUGGAUGUGCCAUGGGUUCUUGGCCGUCAAAGAGUCGGGUGAGCGACUAAGCCAUGCAGUGGGAUGCGCGUUUGCUGUCUGCCUAGAACGUAAGCAGAAGCGAGACAAGGAGUCGGUGCAGGUACAAUUCAACAAGGACCAGACAAGCUUCACUCGCUUCGGUUCAUUUAGGCAGGUGACACUUACAGAGCGCAUGGCAGAUCCGCAGGAGGCUAAGCCAGCUGAGCCGCCACCAAUCAGGGAAGUGGAGAAUCCAUUUGCCAUCCAGCGUCCACACGCACCACUUGCACUCCUACAGAGACAGGGCUCAACGCGCUUUGGGAACAUCAAUCAGAGCUCGCCAUUUAAGCGGCAACUCUCCCUACGAUUGGACGAACUGCCGUCUACCUUAGAGCGCAAAGAACACAGCUUUUCCACUGGUGCCUCUCACAAUGGACCAGCAAGCCCAAUACUGGAGGCAUCGCCAUCAAAGGAACAUCAGCCAGAUACAAUCAGCUCCCUCUGCCAGCAGAUAUCAGAAGAUAUGUUUACCCUCAGCAACAGAGGAUCAAUGGCUGCAUCAUUGCAGCAUAAACAACAGCAGGCAGCGGGUGCCCAGCAUAGUCCUUUUUCACAUGGUGUGCUGCCGCAACAGAGUGCAUCUAAUCCAUGGGAAAUGCCUGUACUAGCACAGGAACCAGCUAACCCGUGGGCAGCUCCCUCACAACCUCCGACAGCACUGCCUUAUACGAGCGUCGUGGCACCACCGUUGGAUAUGUUCCCCACUGCAGCCCCCACGGAGGUCGCAACACAAGUAACAUGGUCUGCUCAACGACCAUCUGCUGAGAGUGCACACUUUCAUUUUAACCGCCAGCCAUUGAAUGGUAGUUCACUGCAACACCCACCAACCAGGAGGGCACCACACAUUCGUAGUCAAAGUCUUGACAUUCCAGGAGGAGGGCCACUUUUAGGUACGAGCAGGCCAUCAGUGGUGCAGGUGCACAGGCAGCAUAACCUCGGUGGUGAUGGCUUGUCCAAUGGCGCCGCGGACCCAUUCGAUGUCCAGUGGGCAGCAUUCUCAACACAGACACAGAACUCAAAUAAUCCUUUCUUAGCGACUCAAGGCAACAAUGUGAAAGCUUUCGAGGUUCAGAUGUGACCAGCUUAAACACGUUUAGAAAAGUGUACAAUAGUUUUUAGUCGUGUGUGAAAGAGGUAUACAUUGGGUUUGUGAGGCAUGCUAGUACUACAAGCAAGCCACAGGACAAUGAUACAUAAUUGUUGGAGGUAGGUAAUAACAAAGGUGGUAUAUCUCGUGCUUUGGCAUAGCUGAAAUUGGCAACCUACAAUAAAGGUCACAUUACUCUGAUUAUUAUGUAUAGCCUAUCCAUAAAUCAUUAUAAUUUUUAUUAGGAAAAAAUUCGUUUUAUUUUAUAUGAAUCUGGAAACACAAGUUUUCAGAAAUUUAUAAAUGUUUAGGAAAUUCGAAAAUUAUGUCUACGGGAUUCCCGUGAUUUUGGAAUUUAGUACGGAAUGCAGUGAGAUGCUUAGAGUGGCUUUCAGCAACCAUCGAUAGAAAAGAAAAAUGGACUGGGUAGUUGGCACAGUUAAAGCAAAUAACCAAACUAUUUUUUGUAAAUAUAUGAAAAUGGCCUAGAAUAUAAAUAUUAAUUCCAUCUUUGUAAAGCUAGCAUGUGACUGCUUCUGACCACUGGCAUGACUGGUGAGAUUAUCGGGAUAAUAAUGUUGGGAAAAUGUGUUUACAUAAUGCUUUUGCGAUGUUGUCAGAUAAACAUGUUGUGUAGGUCAUUCCAAAUGCGUAAUGGAUAGGAGUUACAAAAUGUUAGGUGGUGGUUGGUGGAGCCCCUACCACUUCAUCCUCUCUCUCUCUCUCUCUCUCUCUUCCCUGCUCUCGCUCUCUCUCCUCUCUCUUCUUCUCUCUC